AUGGAAGAAAAGGCUGCAAUUGCUCCGGUAAACCUCUACCCCCGCAGCACCGACGGAUUAGAAUCUGCCACGACGGCACACGAGGAUGAGAUUCGAAGGAAAAAGAGGCGAAAGCGAUUAGCAUACAUCGCAGCAUUUGCAGUGUUCCAAACGAUCGUAAUCCUCGUCUUCGCGCUGGUAGUGAUGCGCGUAAGAUCACCGGAGGUCGAAAUCGAUUCGGCCGCCGUUGAAGGGCUGAGUGGGGGCCCUUCGUCUGAUUACAACAUGACCAUCGCUGCCCAGCUGAAAAUAAAGAACAAGAAUUUCGGCGACUACAAGUAUGAAAGGACGGCCAUGAAUAUCAGCCACGGUGGCGUGACAGUGGGAGAGGGGGUGAUUUUGAAUGGAAAAGCCGAGGCGAGGGACACCGAGUUGGUGCUGGUUACGGCGAGGGUUAGCUCGGUGGUCGCGCUGAGUGGCGAAACGAGUUCGGGGAUUUUGGUGCUCGAAAGCAAGGCUGCGUUGAGGGGUAAAGUGCACUUGAUGAAGAUGUGGGGGAUACAUUUUCCAAUGAUGAAGAAGAGGAAGGGGGCUGAGAUGAAUUGUGUUAUGGGGAUUAAUUUGGCUAGUGGGGUAAUUCAGGAUAUGGAUUGUGAUGACUGA